AUGUUUCGAGCGGUAGCGAAUCUCGCGAUUCUCGUAACCCUAAUCACUAUUUCCAACGCUCAGUACUCACAGUAUUACCAAUACUCGGGAGAUUCCUCUCAAGACUAUCUCAUACCACACAACAUUGCUCGAGCCAAGGUAAGGGUCAAGCCACUGAAAUGGGACGACGGGCUAGCGUCGGUGGCUCAGGACUACGCGAACCAAAGGGCCGGUGACUGCGCCCUCGUACAUUCCACUGGACCCUACGGCGAGAAUUUGGCGUUUGGGAGCGGAGAUCUCACGGCGGCUCAGGCCGUGGCCAUGUGGGUGGGCGAGAAAUCUUCCUAUGACUAUUACUCGAACUCGUGCCGUGGUCCGGCCUGUGGGCAUUACACGCAGGUCGUGUGGCGUGACACGGCUCGGCUCGGUUGUGGUAAGGUCAAGUGUGAGAGUGGUUCAACUAUUAUAGUGUGCAACUAUGAUCCUCCGGGGAAUUACAUUGGGACCAAACCAUACUAAAAUAGAUUAUGAUGGUUUUGUAUCUAUAUGUGUCGUGUGUUUGGCAAGUCAAAACAGUUUGCAUUUGUGGAAUUCUCUCUCUCUCUCUUUUUUUAUCCGCACAAUA